AUGUUUGGGUGCCUGGGCCCCCUGCUGGGACUGGAUGUAAGGAUAGAACCUUCUGUCCAGGGAACGAACGGGCGUGCGCAACCCCAACUAACACCAAGCCGUCCCAUCACCGCCAACAUCACGGCCAACACUGGUGCUAUGCGUCGCCGCCACCGCCACCGCCGCCGUCGCCGCCACCGCCACCGCCGCCGGCGCCCUGGCCACAUCAACGCCACCACCACCGCCGCUGCCAGCGCCAAUGCAGCCACCACGCACCAAGUGCCCACCGCGGUCACGCAGCAAACAGGUAGCAGGAAGCGGAAAGCCCCCGAGGCUGAAGCGGGCUCGGGGAGCGCGGCGUCGGCAGAAGCAGGGGCAGGGGCAGGGGCAGGGACACAGAUAGCCAAGAAACAGAGGCGGCAGGGGGCGCGCCGCUCGCUGGUGCACUACCUGAAAGACCGCGAGCUGGGCGCGCGUGGCGGCUACGGUGGGCCCCAGCGCUUCGAGGACGAGCUGCGCAUCAAUGCGGUGCACCAGCUGCCGGCACUGCUGCAGGAGCACGAGCUGAAUCUGGGCACUCUCAACAAGGUCUUUGCGUCGCAGUGGCUGAACACCAGGCAGGUGGUGUGUGGCACCAAGUGCAACACGCUCUUCCUGUUAGAUGUGUACACGAGCCAGAUCACACGCAUCCCUCUCCUGCCGGACAGGGUGUCACCGCUGUUCCAGGACCAAGUGAACUGCGGCAUCCACGCCAUCGAACUGAACCCCUCCAAGACACUGCUGGCCACAGGGGGCGAGAACCCCAACAGCCUGGCCAUCUACCACCUACCCACGCUUGACCCUGUGUACCUAGGUGACCGCCAUGGCCACAGGGACUGGAUCUUCGCCAUCGCUUGGAUGAGCGACACUGUGGUCGUGAGUGGUUCCCGCGAUGGUAGCGUGGCACUGUGGCAAGUGGACCCAGACAUGUACCACAGCAGCACUGCCUGCCACAACGAUGAGGGGCUGCCCACGUACACCCACACCCGCCCACAAGAUGUGGAGAUCAUCCCCAAGGCCGACACCAGCCCAUUUAACCACAAGGUGCGGGCCCUGGCUUUCAAUAGCAAGAACAAGGAGCUGGGAUCAGUGUCCCUCGAUGGCUACUUCCACCUGUGGAAGGCACCAAACAUCCUGUGCAGGCUGCUGUCCCUUAGGCUGCCCUUCUACCGAGACAAUGUGUGCCUGACCUACUGCGACCAACUGAACCUGUACGCAGUGGGCUCCCAGUCCCAUGUCACCUUCCAGGAUCCUCGUGAUUACCAGUCAAACCUGAGGCCCCUGUGCUCCAGAGAGGGUGGCACCGGAGUGCGCUCCCUCAGUUUUUAUGAGCACAUCAUCACCAUAGGCACCGGCCAUGGGUCCCUGCUUUUCUAUGAUGUCCGUGCCCAGAAGUUCCUGGAAGAGAGGGCCGCUGCCAGCCUGGACUCCUCUCCAGCACCUACAGGGAAGAAGCUCAAGCUCACCUCUGGGAGAGGCUGGCUCAACCACAAUGAUCUCUGGGUGAAUUAUUUUGGAGGCGCUGAAGAGUACCCCAAUGCGCUCUACACCCACUGCUACAACUGGCCUGAGAUGAAGCUCUUCGUAGCUGGGGGGCCUCUCACUUCAGGCCUCCAUGGGAACUACGCAGGCCUCUGGAGCUAA